AUUGAGUCGGGUUGGGUUCAGUCUUGUGUCUUCAUUCAGUCAAGUGAGGAGUUUCUUACAAAAAAGAAAAAGUCCCCCCAAUAGGUACUGAAUUCUGACCACAAGAACCACAUUUAGAGAAACUUAAGAAGAAAAAAUCAAAGAAAUAAUUUUUGGUGAAGUUUCAACUUUUGCGUGGUGCAAAAAGUGAAAUAAUUUUCAUGCAAAUGUGACAAAAGAAAAAAUUCGAAAAAUUAAAAAAAUAUAGAACGCAAAGGAAUUUUUUUUGAAGAGAGCUGUGUGGAAAUAGAAAAUAUUUUGAAUUUAUUUUAAAUAUUGUGACACAUCCGGAGAAGUUUUUUUUUCUCUCCUCCACAAAAGCUCUCCCACUCACAGCACGGUGUGUGUUCAAUUAAUUCAUCCAUUUCCUCUUACCUGAGACGUGACAAUUGCUUCUUUGGAUGGUGAACAUAGCGCAGUGAUUCCCAUUUUUGGGGCGUCUUGGUGUGUUGAGACCAUCCGGUGGUGGAAGAAGAUGCAAAGGAUUCGCAGGCUCAUGGUUUAUCUGUGGAGGAAGAAAAUCAAUUAAUUCGCACGCAUCAGAAGGAAGCCGAAUUUGCUGAAGAAGAAAAAAAUACGCGCGUGAAACUUGGAGGGAUUUUUCGUCUCUAUUUAUAAAGACAAAAUUCAGUGUGUGUUGCUGCCGAUUAAAAUCAUCAACUGCUGCUGGCUGUUGAAGUAUAUUUUCCAUCACAAUGCCGUCAACGUGGAGGAUCAGCAUGAAUUUGCGGUAUCCGCUCUUCCUAGUUCUAGUAUGCCACAUCCUGUCCGCCCGGGGUACAACGGGGCCAUGUGAGAAGGGAUCGUGGUGGAAUUCAGCGGAAGAUCGUUGCAUAAAAUGCACACAGUGCAUUGAAGCUACAUUGCGAACCUGCCAGCCGCAUACAGACACAAUUUGUGGGACUUUCCAGGAUCUAGGACUUGAUUCACAUGUCCUCUCCCGGAUAGAUCGGCGCAAUGAGGGCUCUCAAGAUAAUCCUCCUGGGAUGGGAUCGGGUGACGAUCGUGAGGAAUGGAAUUGGCAGGCAACAUUUCUUGCCAUGGCUGCUGUUGCUUGCCUUCUGUUCUUCUUUGCAGCUGCAAUAAUUACCCUCCAACAUGCGAGGCAGUGGCGAAUGGAGAGGAAAUUUGAUGCCGACAUGGAGGAGAUGUCAGCACGACUAAUGGCCAAAUUGGCACAAGUACAAAGUAUCGACAACAGAACGAUCUUCAUUGAAGAACCGAGACUGCAAGGCACUGGAAAACCCCUCGAAGUCCACUGUGUCUACCUCGAGCAACUUCUUGCUGGAAAGAACUUCAAGAAGUACCCUGGCAAGGGAAAUGUCUACAUUGAAGAGAAUACAUCGAAAUAGCCCCAUUUCAGGGGGUCACAUCAUUAAUUAACGGUCUCUCAGUGAGGGACGAAAAAAAAAAAGAUUUUUUUGUACAUUCUGUAAAUAUUUUUACACAUUUCAAUAAAUAAAAGAAAGAAAGAAAAAAAAA